UUGACAUCGCUCACAUCACGACAUAAUGCCAGCCGACCGUCACCAGCGCAAGAAGGCGCGCACAAGUACGAACGCGGAGGCGGGACCGUCCUCAGCUCCUGCUUUCAAGAUCCCGGCGCUGGAACAACGCGGUGCGGAUGCGCUGCCUGGCGUUAACAAGAUCAAGGCGAGCCUGCGGCAAGCCAAGCGGUUACUGAACAAGGAAAACCUCGAGCCAUCGCUCCGCAUAUCAACGCAGCGUCGUGUUGCUGCGCUGGAAGCCGACCUCGCAGCCGCCGAGAAGCGUGACGUCGAGAAGAAGAACGGCGCCAAGUACCACGCCGUCAAGUUUUUCGAGAGGCAGAAGCUGGGGCGCAUCAUCAAGCGUGCCCAGCGUAAAGUUGCCGAGGCGGAGAAGGACGGCAAGGCCAAGAAGACGGCCAAGGCGGAGCAGGAGCUGCGCGACGCGCGCGUCAUGCUGAACUACGUGUUGAACUAUCCAAACACGAUCAAGUACAUCUCGCUGUUCCCGAAGGAGGAGAAGCGCGAGGAAGGCGAUGACAAGGAGAAGCUUAAGGUGCCCAAGUACCUUCAGGCGGAGCUGUCGGACGUUAUGGAGAAGAGCGAGCGGACACGGCUCACAAUGCUGCUGGAGACACGCAAGCUGAUGGAGGAGGGCAAGCUGAGCAGCACGCCGGAAGUGGAGCGGGAGCGUCGGCCUGUGGAACUUGCGGCGGUCGUGGAGGCGGGAACCGCUGGCGGCACGAAGCGCAAGGCGGCCAAGGCCGAGGAGAAGGAGGAGGCGGACGACUUCUUCGACAGCGACUAAGCCGUUUGUAUGGGGAUUCAUAUUGCAUGCCAGCACGCAUUGUAAGAUCGUGAUUAGAUGUCUAUGGUGCACUACAGCUCUAAG